AUGGCAGGGCCAGCGGCGCCCACGCGAGCAGAGCGGAGGGCUCCCUCACCCACGAAGCGCAAGGAUAGGUCUGAAGACAAAUCCAAGGACCGGUCCAAAGAUAAAUCAGGCACCAAGGAAUCAAGUGAGAAGGAUCGUGGUCGGGACAAGACCCGCAAGCGGCGCAGCGCUUCCAGUGGGAGCAGCAGUACCAGAUCCCGUUCCAGUUCGACUUCUAGUUCGGGGUCCAGUUCCAGCACUGGUUCUAGCAGUGGUUCUAGUUCCUCCUCUGCUUCAAGCCGGUCCGGGAGCUCUAGCACCUCUCGCAGUUCCAGCUCCAGCAGCUCCUCCGGAUCCCCAAGUCCCUCUCGACGGAGACAUGACAACAGGAGACGCUCCCGCUCCAAAUCUAAGGCACCCAAGAGAGAUGAGAAGGAGCGGAAGAGGCGGAGCCCCUCACCCAGGCCGACCAAGGUGCACGUUGGAAGGCUCACCAGGAACGUAACCAAGGAUCACAUCAUGGAAAUUUUUUCCACGUAUGGAAAGAUUAAAAUGAUUGACAUGCCAGUCGACAGGCUAAAUCCGCAUCUCUCCAAGGGUUAUGCCUAUGUGGAGUUCGAGAACCCCGAUGAUGCUGAGAAAGCCCUGAAACACAUGGACGGGGGUCAGAUCGAUGGUCAGGAGAUCACGGCCACAGCUGUUCUGGCACCGCGGCCCAGACCCCCUCCCAGGCGCUUUAGCCCACCCAGGAGGAUGCUGCCUCCGCCACCCAUGUGGCGUAGGUCGCCCCCUCGCAUGAGGAGAAGGUCCCGGUCUCCUCGGCGCAGAUCCCCUGUUCGCCGGCGGUCGAGAUCCAGAUCUCCUGGGCGAAGGCGCCACCGCAGCCGCUCCAGCUCAAACUCUUCACGAUAAAGCAAAAAGACUGGACAGCUUUUUAUUUUUUAACUUAAGUCCCACAAAACUAAAUAUUGUACCUUUUUUUACAAUGGGUCUGGGUGAGGAGGAGUGAGAGGUAGAUUCCCGGCAGUGAAGGCAACCUAAGAGAAGAGAGCGCAGUUCCUAGUCAGUAAAUAGAUAACCUUUGCUGUGGAGCUUCUAGUUUCCUGGCAUUUAAUUGAAAUUAUUUAGAAAUGGCUUCGAUUUAAAGGCUGCAAAUGUAACAUCUC